AUGACGGAAACCCAACUUCGAGCAGGGCCGGCGCUCAUAAAGCAGCUGGCCGCCUCCGACAACAGGACCCGCAGCAGAUCUUUGCGCGCCCUCCUCUCGGCGUGGCUUCCUUCCCAGUCCAGUCUCCCCGACGAAGACAUGAAGAAGCUCUGGAAGGGACUCUUCUACUGUCUCUGGCACGCCGACAAGCUCCCCGCCCAGGCCCACCUCAUCGACCGCCUUGCUUCUUUGAUUCCGGCCCUCGAUUUGCCCUUUUCCGCCCACUACUUCUCCGUCUUCCUCCUCACCAUGCGCCGCGAGUGGUCCGGCAUCGAUUUCCUCAGGUUAGACAAGUUCUACCUCUUGAUGCGUAGGGUUCUCCGCUCUGUUUUCCUCCUCCUGAAGAGGAAUUCGUGGGAUUUGGAGAUGUCGAAUCGUUUCAUGGGUAUUGUUUUGGAGAGGACAUUCUUGGCUGACGAUAAGUUCCCAGGGGGAAAUGGUGUGAACUAUCAUGUCGCGUCUUGUUUCCUCGACGAGCUCAAGCCCUUUCUGCCUCUGAGCAAGCCGGUGGUUGAAGCGCUCUUGACGCCUUUCGGUUCGGUGAUGGGGAAGGUGAUUGAUAAGGUGCUGUUGGGGAAAAUCAAGGGCAAUGUGUUUGACGAGUUAUUGAAUAUGGGGUGGGGAUUGCUGGAGUUUAAGAAAUCUCAUCCGGAUGGUGAUUGUGAGAACAAAGAUGUGGUCUUGCUUGGUACGAUUGCCUUAGCUAUGGGGUUCUCUGCUAAGUUUUAUGAGUUGGGUUCUUCUGCUGAAUGUCCUCAAGGCAACAGGAAAGUGCUCUUUGGUUUGCACGAGGAGUUUUUGAAGUUAGAGAAGGCAUUGGCUCUUUCCUGGAUCGAAAUUUCUCUUCCUCAAGUUAAUGUUGAUGGUACAGAUAAUGAUGACGAUGAAGUGCCGACUUUGGUGCCCAUUGACACUCAGAUGAAAGAAGUGGAAGGUCAAAAUGGAGGCAUUGGCAAGAAAGAAUCGAAGAAGAGCAAAAAGAGGAGUAAGGAUUCGUAUGACAAUGACGGGAAAGAUGAUAAGAAGAAGAGGAAGAACAAGAAGAACAAGAGGGAGAAGCAGGAAGAUGGCGGUGAGAAAGUAGCAAAUGGUGAUAAUGUUUCCAGUGACGAAAAGUGCAAUGGUCUGGAGAGCAAUGCGAUUACUUUUGACGAUGCUGUCAUAGCAAACCUCCAAAAGCAGUUUGAGGGAGUCGCAGCUGAAGUCAGUAUAGACGAUGGUGUUGGAAGCUCGCUCGAGCUCGUGGAAGUGAAAGGAAAUGGCCUACUAACCAAGAAGAGGAAGAAGAGAACUAAGACUAAAGAUGUGAAGCAGUCUGGAAAUGCAGAUGAUAAAGAUCAAGGGGAUGCUGCUGCCAAGAGCGAAGACAAAAGCGUGAAGAAGGUAAGGUUUGCCAUGAAGAACAACUUGGUGUGGAAGCCACACAACCCUCUGCCUCCAGAGAGCUUGAGAAUACCGCCCUCGUCCACCCCUAGAGGGAGUGCCCUCAAGAAAGGUAUACCUCCUGGUCCUAUCAGGGAAAUGCCCUCUGCAGCUAACAAUGCCAGAAAGAGAGCCAAGUCCCUGAAGAUUGGUGUGAAGGCAAGAAGAGGUGUCCCUCCUACCGUCAGACACCUGAAGAAACGAAGAAGUUAA